AUGUGGAAGAGGACAGUUGUCGUAUUGACACAAGCAAAUCGAUUCCUUACACUUGGGAGUGUAGGUGAUAAUGACCUAGCUGAAGAAUUCAGAGAGCAAAUAAAGCUAUACAAAGAAUGCGUUUCUAGUUUUAUUUCUAAAAGUGUUAAGAAGGAAGUGCUAGAGAAUAUACCAUAUUGUACAACUGGUAAAGAAGAUGAAAAAGCAUUACCUACAACAGACGACUGGUUGAAAACACUGUGGGACGCGUGCAUUGAUCGUUGCAGUGAUGAGACUCGCUCUUUCUUAAAAGCAUUUGCAAAGUACCGUCAAGCCAUUAAAGUAGGAGCUGUUGUUACUUCUGGUGUUGUGAUUGGAGCUAGUGCUGGAGUUGAGGUUGGAGCUAAAGUAGGUGCUGCUAUUGGUACUGUUGUUUCUCCUGGUGUGGGUACUGUAGUAGGAGGCGUAGUUGGAGGUGCUGUUGGAGGUACUAUUGGAGGUGUUGGAGCUGCUGUUUCCCAAAAAAAUUAAAAAUAACUAACUUAUUAAUUGAAUGUAUGGUUUGUAUGUACUUU